CAGGGACUUUUCGGUUAAUAGCCCAAAGCUUUAACUGCUAGGCUACCUGCCACUGACCUGAAAAACAGGUGUUAAGAGCAAUUUAGAAUUCGCUCCACCAGGUGCUUCGUGUAGGGCAGGCUACCGCCCCACUGAGGGAUUUCAGACAAAACAGACGUUGAACGCUGGUAUUUACACUCUAUGACUCCCAGGUAAACAGUCUGUUUGUUUCAAUAUCUUGAGAGUUCUCCGUUUGAUUUUGUUUCCAACUAAUACAUUACCCCACUGCUGCAAAGGGGAGCGAGAUGCGUGGGCGAUAUAAAAGUAAGGAGAACGCGUGCAGUGAAUGCAUCCAUGCUUUUGAGGGGAAAUGGGACAUUGGAAACGGGCUGUUUAGGAGUUACGACUCACCUAUGCCAGGAGAACCUGCCAGUUACGCGGAGGGGCCAAAUUCCCAAAAUGGAGGUAUCCUGACAAGUUUGGACGACGGGAAUGGGCCUUCAAAAAGGAACUCUUCUUUGACAGGUCCAAAACGCUCCAAAUAUGACGGUGAGAAAAGGUACCUGGGAGUCAGGGUCAAAAUGCCUGUGAGAGACAUGCUUAAUAAGAUUCGCAUAGCGAAGGGAAUGGACCCAAAAAAUAUCCAGGGCAACUGCGGCAAGGCAUUGAAAGGAGAGAAGAAACGGGUUAAUACCAAUAGAGAUCGCAGAAGUAGCAAGAGAAAACAACCUACAAAGAGCCUGGAGGAGCUCGCCAUAAUAGUGGAGGUAUUGGAGGAGGAUCUCAAAGCCAGCAAGCCAUACAGCCAGUCUAACACGUCUGAGUCACCUGAUUACAGCCCAGAGCCCAACGUGCAACCAUGGAAUAGUCUAGAGCAACUCCAGCAUAGUCACUCAAUGAAGUUCAGUCAGGAAAACAAGAUGCCACAACAAGCCACAAACUACUGUAUGUCCCGCUCUGCAGACAAUCACAACACUAGUGUUCCUCCGCUGAACUCCCAAGGACGGUGUAUCAACGACGAAUCCGACAAUAUGAUGCCCAGUCCAGAUUCAUAUAUGACUUACUCCCCCAGCAGCACCAGUGAAUGUCAAGUGCCAUCGCCCCAAUAUUCGGUCUUUGCUAGCCCCCUGUCCUCCAGCUAUGAGUUAGGUCAGGAUGGAGGUAGUGACUACCAGGAUAGCUUUAGCCCCCAGUGCCAGGAUAGCUUUAGCCCCCAGUGCCAGGAUAGCUUUAGCCCCCAGUCCCAGGAUAGCUUUAGCCCCCAGUCCCAGGAUAGCUUUAGCCCCCAGUGCCAGGAUAGUUUUAGCCCCCAGUGCCAGGAUAGCUUUAGCCCCCAGUGCCAGGAUAGCUUUAGCCCACAUUGGCUCAGCUACAUGGGCCAGAGUUGGAACAGCACAGCAUACUUCUGGAACCAGCUCCAGAGGGAGGAGAGCUUACUGACGGGGGUCUCUGACACAGAGGUUCUGGCCACAGACAGGAACGGAAGGACAGCUCUCCACAGAGCUGUGGGUCAAGGCAAGAGGGCCCUGGGAUAUGUGAUUGCCAGAAGGAUGGCAGCUCUGAAUAGGCUGGAUGUCAAAGACUCAGAGGGAAAGACUGCACUUCACCUGGCUGCCCAAAAGAACCAACACCUGAUGGUGGCUGAUCUGAUUCACCUUGGUGCCAGUGUGAACGAGAAGGACAGGAGUGGAAAGACCUGCCUGCACCUCAGUGUCGAGAAUGGAUACAAUCAAGUUCUGGAGGUUCUGAAAAAUAUGAUGAAAGAAGGAAUUUAUGUAGAUGUCGAAGCUACAGAUAAUUAUGGACUCAGUGUGUUUCAGUGUGCAGCAGUGGCUCUGAAUGUCACCGUGCGAGAGCUGGAGAGAAGUGUGGCCCCUAGUCAGAUGAGACUCCACACACUGCGCAAGGAGCAGAUGAUGGAGACACUGGGCUGUCUGCUGCAAAUGGGAAGCUACCAUCACACUCUGGUCAGUGUCUCCCUAUAAUAUAGGCGGCUAAAGUUUUCCAUUUGGAAGUCAUAAUGUGUUUAUUUAAGUUACUAAGCUAAGAAUGUGUUAAGUUUGAACGAAUCCACACAAAUAUACAGAUACUGGAGUACUUCAAUAACCAUUCAUGCUCUGUUUGCUUGACAGAGUUAAGCCUUAAAGCGCAGGAGAUUAAAAUGCUGUCAACUACUCUCCCUCAGGAUAAUGAAUCAAAUGUAUUUAUAAAGCCCUUUCACAUCAGCCGAUGUCACAAAGUGCUGUACAGAAACCCAGCCUAAAACCCUAAACAGUAAGCAAUGCAGAUGUAGAAGCACGGUGGCUAGGAAAAACUCUCUAGAAAGGCAGGAACCUAGGAAGAAACCUAGAGGGGAACCAGGCUCUGAGGGGUGGCCAGUCCUCUUCUGGCUGUGCCGGGUGGAGAUUAUAACAGUUCAUGACCGCGAUGUUCAAACAUUCAUAGAUGACCAGUGGGGUCAAAUAAUAAUAAUCACAGUGGUUGUAGAGGGUGCAACAGGUCAGCACCUCAGGAGUAAAUGUCAGUUGGCUUUUCAUAGCCGAUCAUUCAGAGUUAGAGACAGCAGGUGUGGGGAGAAUGUGGGGGGAGAAUGCAAAUAAAGUGGAAGCAAAAUGGAGUCCUACAAGUUCAUGCAAGGAGUGGUCCCCCGACCCAGUAACGUGAGCUACUUCUUAAUUAACUUGUUCAGUAUUUUUUAUAUGAUUUCCAAGGGGUAGACAAAAAGAGGCCUUAUUUACAGUACUGUACAUUUUAGUUUGUCUUUGUUUCACGCUGUUUUAUUGAACACACAAAUGUAAAUGUAAUUUCUUGCUGUACUAAAAUAAUAGUGUUUUUGAUGUAUCAAACACAGUUUGAUUUGGUUACAGUUUGAUUUAAUAGGGUCGUCGAUGAAAUUAAUAGUUUCCAGAAUCUAUUAGAUUUAUGGUUCUAAUUUGGUGUUUAUCUCUUUCUUAGGGGAACUACGUGACUUAGAUGGUGUCCAUCCACACAGCUGUUCCUUAUGAAAUUAUGUGUGCAUCUGCCAAGCAAGGCAUGCCAGAGAACUGACAGUUAAUGUUUCUGAGUUGUUACAAGCUUGAACUUGUCUUGGAGAAAGGCCAAUGUGGUUUAGAAAGCCUUUAAUUACCUAUCUCUUUGUUACGUGGCUUUAAAGUGAGAGGCUUUCUUCAUGGCAAGGUACAAGUCUUAUGUAAAGCAUCCAAAGUUUUAUGUAAACUGAAACACAAUUGUAAAUUGAGUGUUUUUGUGGCUUGCGUUAAGACUUUGGUUGCACAUUAGCUGGUUUCUGUGAAACUUCCACUGUUUGUUACAUUAAAGUAACAAAAUGUUAAUGCAAGUUAAGCUCAAUGUUAUUUGGUGAAUGUGUUAUUGGUGUUGUAUGUACAACAAGGGAGACGAAUUCUUUCAUACUCACGUCUUGGAGGGAAAGUGAUAAUGUUCAAAGCAGGUAGUUUGGCCGGAAAGUAGACACCAAGUCGCCAACAUGUUGUUACACGGUUGAAAACUUUAUUAUACGUGUGUGUACAUAUGUGUGUGUAUAUUUUUAUUCUCUAUUGAAUACCAAGGUUAUCAACAAUAUUCUUAUAUGUGUAUAGGCCUAUAUGUUGAUUGUACGUUAAAGGUGCAAUCCAUAAGUUGGUCUCAGCUGAUGGAGAGGGUCAUUGCAAGUGCAAAACAAAAAAAGUUGGGGAACAGGCACAUUCAUUGGCUUAAAUCAAACCACAUUGUACUUUGUGGCAUUUCCACAGGAGACAAAGAAUUAGCAUUUUACUGCUUUGUUAUACACUUUUGUCUGGUGUCGCGUUAUUUUACCAAGAUGGUCAUCUCGUACUAGACACAUUCAAGGCUUGUGGCAAUGUGUGUGGUUACAGGUUUUUGAAAUUGUAGUGAAGUGUCGUUUAAAAAAUAUAUAUAUAUCUUAAAGACAUUCACAAAAUAUUAUAUACUAUGAACCAAAAAGUUUGCUCUUUAUUUCACACAGUAAUGCGGCAUUGCUCUUUUUGUAUUGAUGACAGUACGCACAGAGGGCGGUCAGGUGAACUGGUCCACUAGUACAACCAUGAAUGUCUGAUCUUUGUUGUUUUUAUGGUGGAGCUUGGGUGUUAACCCUGAAUUCUUUGACUAAAUCCUUUGGCAUUUUAUAAUCCCAUUAAUAUGAUGGCUGUAUACCGCAUACUUUCGAUACGAUAGCAUUUUAUUAGUCCCUGAAAGGACCUAAUUUCUUCACUUCAAAAUAUUUGGUGGUUUGCAUGGUGUUGUUUUUGUAAAUAAUGGUUGUGAUGUAGCUAGCUUCAUUUCAGCUCCAACUAUUUAAAGCAGUUUUUAUGUGCACUUUUUUCUUAUAGUUGUACUGGUAUAGUUGUCAGUCAUUUUUAUUACACAUAUAGUAGUUGUAGUGGUGUAGGAAUUUUAUUUGACAUGCAUUUUUGUUAAAGUUUUAUGGUAGGGCUAGUAGUAAUUGUAGUGUUGUGCGGCUGCAGUAGCAAUGUAGCUGUGGCUGCAACAGCAAUCAUAGGAGUUGUGGUAGAAGUAGUGAAAGAUGUGGGGCAAAGAGAGUAGGAGCAGUAUUGGCUGGUACUUUUAGUAGGAGUUGUAUGGCCUUGGGGUUCACAGCAUUCAUAUGAAGUUCAUGAAAACCAUAAAAAAAAUUCUAUUAUGGUUUUAUUAUUGUUAUUGUUUCGUACAUGUAGCGCUUUAACAGGGGCUGAAUUGGGACUAUGUAGGUGGUGGAAAUGUCCCUGAUUUUCUAUGGAAUAUAUGCAAUUUAGACUCUAUCCUGUCUACUAACAUACGGUGAUAGAGCUCAACAAUCCCCAAUUCAACCCCUGGCAUGAAUGUACAGAUGUAGGAUCUUAAUUUUAGCCAGUUUGCUACAGCAGGAAAAUAGUCCUGCAUCGACAAGAAAUGGGAAUUAUGAUGUGGAUUAUAAUGAAUGGAAAUGUAUGAAGGGAUACAUUGUUUAUAAAGAAGCAUUUCGAAGUAUAAAGGACAAACUUCAGAAUCCUUUUUAAACCUAAAUACACUACACAAUUUACUUUUCCUGCAACAGGGGAACAAAUGAAGAUCCUACACCUGUAAAGUAACUAUUUUAUCCCACUAUAAAUAUAACAUUAUCUGUAUUCUGGUGUUUGGUAUGUAAUGUUUUAUAUGUAUUUGUAUACAUUGAUCAAUUUAAUGGAAACAUGUUUUUUUAAUGAGAUAUAUGCACAACUCAGACCUUUGGAAUUGAUUGGAGAUUUUCAAACUAAAAUAAUCAAGAUAAACACACAGAUCUCAGGUUAGGAUUCAGCUUACCUCGUCCCCAGGCUCCAGGUCAACAGAGAGAGAGCGGGCUGGGGAUGAGAUUUGGAUUCAGUAACAAUAGUCAGGCUAAUAUAGCCAUCCAUGUUCGUUAUUUCUGUAUUUGUGUGCAAUUCUAAUUUAAACUGGUUGUCUUAAGGCUUUGUUGAUCAACGAAUAAGCUGAAAACUGAUAGGAAUGCAAGCAGCUAUACAUUUGUUUUAGUCUUGCGGGAGGAGGGUUGUUGAGCAAAUGAUAGGCUGUCACUCACAUCUUUGGGUUUAGUGAUGCCUGAGUGUAUAAGAUGUUUCUGGUGGUGCACUGGUCCUGAAUGGCUACAUAGCUGGUGCACAGCCCCUUUAUUAAGUUGAUUCAUGUAUACCACUUUCCCAUGACCUUUAUUAAAGAUUAAAAGCAAUUUUACAUGA